CAGGAAAAAAAUUAAACUUAAAAGGAACAAAAGGAGUGACGUAUCUCACUCGGCUGUCGUGUAGCUCCCACUUCUUUGGUCAAUAUGAAGUUGCUAUAAUACACAAACAAAUAGCCAUUGGCAGAACUUCCGGGUCCACUGCAUUUCGAAACCAUAGGCCAAUUACAUCAUCCCUUUUGUAUUGGGUUGGAUGGCUUGUCGAUCGUACGAAAGCAACAAACGUUCAACUCACAGAAACAUGCGGGCACUGUAAAUGACGUAGGGGUCAAGGGGUGGAGUAUGUCAUCACUUUUCAUGAAUAUUCAGAACCAAGGUGGCAGCUUACAGAUUCCAACAAACGAUUGGAAUCUCAUGAAGAAAUUGAUCUUAAACCAGUUUCAAGGUGGGCAAUUAGGAAUUUAGGCCAAGGAGAAGCAUGGGGAAUGCCAACAAUGAGAGGUUACUCACGAGAGGGAAUGGAGGUCAAGAUAGGGGCUUGGUGGAAGCGGGAGUGGAAGCUCAUCCGUAAGAGCGAAGAGGACGAGUUCUGCGCAUACCAACCGAAGGCAGAAGACUUCCAUCAGGUACCCAACAAGGUGCCCAUGCCACCUCUCCUAGCUGCCAUGGUCAGGGAAGAAGGGCUGGCGAAAGGGAAAGAGAUGGAGGAACCGCUUCUCUUGGACAUCAAAGCCAGCAAAGGCUACAGGCACAAAGGCUAUCAGGUUCCUGGGGACAAUGUUGUUGGGAAGCGCAUAGGUGACUUUGAGAUUCCAAGAUGAUAUGUCAGGAAAGUGUGCUAAUGAAUGGACUUGAAUAGUGGAGUGGUAGAGCAAACCAUAUAAAAACUUUUGUUGUCCUGUUUUUAAGCGAGAGGUGCAGUGGCUCUGGGCAAGCCCUUGUUAACCAUCAUUCGCUUGCCCUUCUAACCAUCUCUCUUCUCAAACUGACUUGGUGCCACUAAAAGGACAUUAACUAUUUGGAAUGAGAUAUGUUUUCCUAGGAGUAUGUGGUCUGCUCAUAAUCCAUAAAACUGAUUUAAUAUGCGAUUGUGCAGAUUAGAUCAGAAAUCAGCAUUAUGAACUUGAUCUCUAGUUCAUUGCUACGUAUUUCAAAGGGAUAGAAGCAGGUCAUAUUAUAUUUGAAAACCACUGGUAAAGAUUGAUAAUAAAUCAGUAAAAUUACUAAAAAUCACUGUGCCAUUGUUGUUUUUAUUUCUUUAAAAAUUAUUUUCCAUUUGUGAUUUCAGGGGGGAAAUCAUCAAUAUUACAGGCUUUCAUUUUCAUUGUUUUGUUUCCCCCAUAUUCGUCAAACAUAUUAUCAAAUAUGGGUGUGUUUUAAUGAGGCAAGCAAAUAAGUUCUGGUAGUUGUGAAUUAUUCUUGCACAGUUUUUACUUCUUGAAAUAAACGCCCCCCCCCCCAAAAAAAAAGGUGUAAAUAUACUUGUAUACAUAGAAAUCAAACAAGCAUAACAGCUGUGUUGUCCAUGUAUGGAAAAGUGGAAGAGGGAGGGGGUUAUCAAAUUUCAGAAAUGGGAACAACAGUACGGAUCAGGAGUGCUUCAAUAAAUGGGCAAAUUUGUGCGUUUCAUAAUACAUGUGUGCAAGUUGCACCCUUAAUCCGAAAAGGACUGGGCUAUUUGAGAUGUAUUGAGGACUGGGGUGGCGCCAUGAUGGGGCCCCCCAUUCUGAUCCCAGCCGCCAUUCAUGUGAUCGCGCCAAAAUUUGGCACGCACAUUCUUUACCACAUUUACUACAAGCUAGUAUUUAAAAAAAAUCUGAAAAUAAUAACUUUUUAAUAUGAAUAAAUUUUUACAUUUGGGAAAUAUUGCGCGAAGCGUCCGGGGGGGGGGGGGGAGGGGCAUCAUGGCCCCCAGUCCUUUUAGUCCCAGUCCCACCUUGUUAAACCCAAUGGACCCAAGUGAAUCCUGCAGACUUUUCUUGAAAUUCAAUUUUGGAUGAAUUAAAAAACUGGCCGACUUACCCUAAUUUUCAUAUUUUUAAAAUUUCAAUAUUUUUUAAACACAAAAAAUUGAUAAAACUGGCAGAUAACGCGAUUUUGACAACCCUUGAUCUGUAUUUUAUGUGUACUUUGCGUGAACACGAAUGAUAUACAUGUAUAUGAUGCACACGGCUCUAAAACAAUACCAACCGACUGCCCCAUUGUUUCAUGUUGUAUAGCAGGCAUACUUUUUAUUUGCCUUAUUGUGCCAUAUUUGUAAGCAGUUGCAGAUCUAGGGGAGGGGGGGGUGCACAUAAUGCUUCAAGGAAAGAAAGACUAAUGAGCGGGUGAGAGAAAAAAAAGAUGAGAAAGAGGGAUAUGGAUCUAGGAGACAAUAGGGAUAGAUGGAGUGAGAACAGAGGACAGAGGACUGCUUCAUGAUAGUGGUUAGCACUAACAAGUUUUCGGUUGUCUUUCCCCCGACAGUUACCAUAUUAACAGUCAGAAGCCAUUGCUUCUCGGCCAAUCAAAAUCCAAGGAUUUUACUGAAAGUGUCAGUGCUGACAACUCGUGAAAUGCCCCCCUUUCACCUUCCCAAAUGACAAAUACAGCAAAUUAAAUAAAUAAAAAUUGGACCAUAGCCUUGAUUAGACAUGCGAGUCUCAUUGGAGUAAAUUCUACUCCAAGAUACUCCUGGAAACCAGAAGGAGUAUCUUGGUCGGAGUAACUCUGUUCAGAUGGGCCAUACUCUGACCUUUCCUCCAACUGGGCUUCCUCCAACAACAAAAAAAGUCUUUAAUCUUGGUCGUGAUAAAGAGAAAUGUCUUUGGAAUUUUAAUCCAUGCAUAAUAGAAUUUCACUUUGACUAGGAUCCCCCGCAACUGAACAAGUCUCAUGUAACAUAUAGG